AUGAAAUGGAAUAGGGCUAGUGCUGUUUUGUUGGGAGACUCUGGGUAUGGUAUAGCUCCUUGGCUCAUGACUCCUUUUAAGAUUGCAGAAACAGCAGAAAAAAUAUCAUACAAUCGGUUGUUUACGAGAGAGCGAGUUAUAAUAGAGAGAUGUUUCGGGCACCUAAAACAGCGUUUUCCCAUUCUACAUAACAAAAUACGCGUCGAUACAGAAAAAGUGCCCUCCCUUGUCAUGAGUUGUUUUAACUUGCAUAAUGUGGCUAAGCACCUUAAUGAUGAAGAUGUUGCUGUUGAUAUACUGGGAGAUGGCGAACAAGAAGAAAUCCAUAAUCAACAUGCUGCCGACUAUGCAGAUGGAGUAAUACGUCAGAGAGAAGGCUCCUUACUGGGUCCGGCUUUCAUUGUGGUAGCUCUCAGUACUGGUCCUGAACUUCCAGAUGCUUCUUCGGUGAUUGUUUUUUCUUCAGCACAGGCUGUUGGAGUGUAAUCAAC